GACCUUAUCUUCCCAAACUCAAAACCCCUCCUAUCUUGCCGGCGACGCUUCUCUACUAAAACCAUCUCUGAGAGUAAAAUCAUCACCUUCAUCUCCGGCUAUGGCGAUUUCGUUGCCUCUCACUGCGUACUCCCCAAUCUCAAAUUCUUCUUCUUCUAUUUCCCGAACCUCUUUCGUCCCUCUCACGCCUCGCCACCGUAACUUCUUCUCCGAACAGAAUUUCAGCAAACGUGUGCUUAUCAGCUGCUCUUCGUCUCUGUCUUCGAACAAUGGUUUAACUCCAGAGCCCAUGAACGGGAGUGGGUCAUCGUUUCCUGGAAUGCCUUCGUUUGAUGGAACAUCGAAACCACCGGUUAAAUGGAGAAGGGUGUUGCUUAAAGUUAGUGGAGAAGCUCUUGCUGGAGACGAGGAGCAGAAUAUCGAUCCAAAGGUUACUAUGGCUAUUGCAAGGGAGGUUGCAGCAGUGACUCGUCUUGGCAUUGAGGUUGCGAUUGUUGUUGGAGGAGGAAACAUCUUUCGUGGAUCCACCUGGGCUGGGUGCAGUGGCCUUGACCGCUCCUCUGCUGAUUAUAUCGGGAUGCUGGCAACUGUGAUGAAUGCAAUAUUUCUUCAAGCGACAAUGGAGAGCAUCGGCAUCCCAACACGUGUUCAGACCGCCUUCCGCAUGUCGGAAGUCGCAGAGCCUUACAUUAGAAGACGAGCAAUUCGACAUCUAGAAAAAGGCAGAGUUGUGAUAUUCGCUGCCGGUACAGGCAAUCCCUUCUUCACUACAGAUACUGCAGCAGCUCUUCGAUGUGCUGAGAUUAACGCGGAAGUAGUGCUGAAAGCAACAAAUGUAGAUGGAGUCUUUGACGAUGAUCCCAAGAGAAACCCAAACGCUCGCCUCCACGAGUCACUAACUUACCAAGAAGUAACCUCAAAGGAUCUCUCCGUCAUGGAUAUGACUGCUAUCACUUUAUGCCAAGAGAACAACAUCCCAGGUUUGCUCUUUUCAACAACACUCUCUCAAACCUUUAAACCACAUGAAGAAACUUAUACAUCUAGCAUAUUUUUUUUUUGGUUUGUGAUUCUUGUAGUUGUGGUUUUCAAUCUAUCUGAGCCUGGAAACAUCGCGAAAGCCAUCAAAGGAGAGAGAGUUGGUACAUUGAUUGGAGGAACUUGGAACUCUACUGUUGCUGCCACAUGAAGAAACUUAGAACUACUACUUAUUCCUUAAUAUAGAAAGAAACUUAGAACUACUACUACUUCCUUAAUAUAGUAUCUUAGGCCUAGGAAUCUCUCUGUGUCUGAAAUUUUUGAAGUUGAAUGAAGAUGUUAAGGUUUUACAUUACAAAGACACUAACCUCCCAUCUUAACCCUUUGGGCUCAAUCUUUGGAUAUGUCAAAAUGAAUUAAAAUUACAUAGAAAAACUAAAAAUAUUUCUCUAAAGAUCCCAAAUAUGACUACUAAAGACAUCAGCAAACGUUGGUGAAGCAACCAAGCUAGCAUAGCCAGGACUAUACAAUAAAAACGGACUCAUUAAUCCCGCCGGCGAGAAUAUUCCGGCGGAAGCUGUCGGCAACAUAGCCGGAGAUGGCGAGAGUAUUCCCGGCGCAUAACCACUGAACUCAGCUGCUUCUUCCAUAGCCGUCGCUAUCUCCACCGUCUCUUCUUUAGCCGCCGUCGGUUCCUUUCCUCCUCUUGGACUAGCAUUCUCCGUCGCGGCGAGUCUCGCCGCCGGUGACACAUCUCCGCCGUUUCCGGAUUCGUGGAAGACUCCGGCGGAGAUUCCGGUGAGACGCUGGACGACGUUCAUGAAAUCGGAGGCUGUGGUGUGCACGACCUUAGGGGAGACGGCGUAGAUAACCACCGGCUCUCGAGGAGCGUAGACCGGAGCUUGGUUGUGCUGAGGAGGCGGCGGAGCAGGGUGUUUGGGAGGUUUCUUGAUCUUGUGAGAGUCUUUGUGGACGCUGAGAGGUGAAGGACGAGGACCGCAGAUCUGUAGCUGUCGUUUCUGGUUCUGUUGAUCGGAAGGAUUGUUUCCGGUGAAAUAAUCCGAUGGAUCCAUAGGGAAAGAGAGUUUCUUUCGGUCGAAAUUCUUGUCUGUGUGUUUAACUUGUUUGGUUUUUGAGUUAGAAAUGAAUGUUCGUGGA